AUGGCUUUAUUUACGGAGAUCUUCAUCUCCCUCCGCCGCCACACCUUUGGCUCCGACCGCCGGAGCUCCUCAAUCCUUGCUUUCCCGGGAGCAAAAAGAAAGAAAGAAAAAAAGAGUCAAUCCUUGAUUUGGCAACGAGCGGCCGGGUGGACUUGUUUUGGGGAGUGGACUGACUUUUCGGCAUGUCGUGGCUCGCGUGAUUCUCCGCGACGUCUUUUGCAUUCCCAAAGGAAACAAUUACUGCGCGCGGUCACGGCCGCCGCGCUAUACGCGUGGCCGUCGUCGUCGCUCCUCCGCCCUGGACUCCCGCGCCUCAUCGCCCUCCUCCCGCUGUUCCCGCUCCUCGUCGCCGCGCCCCUGGCCUUCCCCUCCUCCGCCAUCGUCCGGGGCCUCGCCGCCUUCUUCCUGGCCUGGCUAGGCACCUUCAAGCUCGCCCUCCUCGCCGUCGGCCGCGGCCCGCUCGACCCCGCCCUUCCCGUGCUGCCGUUCCUCUUCACCGCCUUGCUCCCCGUCAAGCUCGCCCCAGCAUCAUCCAACAAGGCCAAGCCGGUGUCCCUCGUUUCUUGCGCGGUGAAGGUGGCCGUCGUAGCCGCCGUGGUCCGGCUGUACCAGCUCAACCACCGCCUGCACCUCUACGCGCGCCUAGCCCUGUACGGCGUCCACACCUACUGCUUCCUGGACCUCCUCCUCCCCUGCAUCGCGGCCGCCGCCGCCGCGCUCGGCAUGGAGGCGGAGCCGCAGUUCGACCGGCCGUACCUGGCGUCCUCGCUGCGGGACUUCUGGGGCCGCCGGUGGAACCUCAUGGUUUCUGCCAUCCUCCGGCCGUCCGUCUACGACCCCGUCCGCGCGCUCGCCGGGGUCCCCGCCGCCGUCCUGGCCACCUUCGCCGUAUCCGCGCUCAUGCACGAGGCCAUGGUGUACUACCUCAGCCUGCAGUGGCGGUCCGACGGCAUGAUGGCUGCCUUCUUCCUGCUCCACGGCGUUUGCUGCGUUCUCGAGGGGUGGUGCGCGCGGCGGUGGGCGGCGCGUGGGUGGCCGGCGCCGCCGCGGCCCGUGGCGACGGUGCUGGUAGGGCUCUUCGUCACGGCCACGUCGUUCUGGCUCUUCUUCCCGGCGCUUUGCAAGGACGGAGUUGAGGAGAAGCUGCUGCAGGAGUGGGCUGCGGUGGCCGCCUUCUUCCAGGACGCCGGCGGGAAGAUACCAUGGUACGGUCAACUUAAUUAGUAGCUAAGGAAAAGUACAACCUAGUGAAAGGUGUACUACCCUGUUGGCACUUGACACAUCAAAUCUAAUUAACUCUGAAAAGGUUAGUGGACAAAAUCAAAAUUAAGGAGCAUGUUGGCAUGUCCGUUAGAAGUUACGCUAUGCCAUGUGCCAAUUUGUACCCUUUGUACGAUCCUCAUUGUUCCCGUUGCCAUUGUGUAGGGUGAUUAUCACGCCAUAAAUUAAAGAAUGUUGCUGAGCCUCACUUGGGAAUUAGAUUCCCUAGCUCCGGGUUCACAGUGUUUGCUCC